GCCUGUAAAAAGAAACGGUUUUUUCGCUAUUUUGCAAAAUUAAAUUGCAGCUGUAUAGGAUAAAUCCAACAUAUUAAACUGGCAGAAAUGCUAACAUCAGUCUGAGCUCUUAUUAUUACUUGUAUAUAGACAACUGCUCGUAAAUCAGGCGCUCAGAAGUAGAAAAUUGUGGAUGCUGCGUUCUCGUUCGCAGCCUUAUCGAUUUUAACAGUGUCCCUUAUCCACACAUGCAACAAAUGCUUAAGGCUUUCGCACGCUUGGAAGAAAUUGACCGUUAAGUUUCUUGCAGCAUUAAUUGGUGUAUUUUAAUGCUAAUUGAGAAUUACGCGGUACAGUUUUCGAAUUUGUUGUCCAUUGCAUCAUGAAGCGGCAAAAUGUUAGAACGUUGUCCUUGGUAGUAUGCACAUUUACCUAUUUGCUCAUCGGAGCGGCAGUCUUCGACUCGCUUGAAUCAGCUACUGAAGCGAAGCGUUGGGAAUUUUUGCAAGCGGUGAAGAACAAUUUUGUAACAAAAUACAAUGUGAGUGCCGAAGACUACCGGAUGAUCGAAAUAGUAAUAAUCGAGAACAAACCACACAAAGCUGGACCACAAUGGAAAUUCGCCGGUGCAUUUUAUUUUGCCACUGUUGUUCUGGCAAUGAUUGGCUAUGGACACUCCACUCCCACCACUGUAGCCGGAAAAUUGUUUACAAUGUUUUAUGCGAUGGUAGGAAUUCCUCUUGGGCUGGUUAUGUUCCAGUCGAUUGGUGAGCGUUUGAACAAGGUGGCCUCAGUGAUCAUUCGACGUGCAAAGCGAGCUAGUGGUGCGAAGUCUACUGAUGCCACCGAAAUGAACCUGAUGUUGGCCACGGGCAUGCUAUCAUCAAUAAUUAUUACAACAGGAGCAGCAGUGUUCUCUCGCUAUGAGGGCUGGAGCUAUUUUGAUAGCUUCUAUUACUGCUUUGUGACGCUGACAACAAUUGGCUUUGGAGACUAUGUGGCGCUGCAGAAUGACCAGGCGCUAACCAGCAAACCCGGAUACGUAGCAUUAAGCUUGGUAUUUAUACUCUUCGGAUUGGCCGUUGUGGCCGCUAGCAUUAAUUUGUUGGUACUGCGUUUCAUGACAAUGCAAGCUGAGGAUGCUAAGCGUGAUGAGGAGGAGGCACAGCAUCAAGCAAUUAUUAACCAGGCUCUCGCCUUUGAUGAUAAUGGCAAGCUAUUGGAACACUACUGUAUUACAGAAAAUGAUGAGAGAGCUUCCAAUUGUCCUUGUACCUGUAUGGAUGGAACGCGCUGUCAUAAUCAUCAGAAUGAUAUUUUUGUUGAUGAGGUUUUGUUUGAUUAUCCGGUUUUAUUUAUUGAUCCUGUUAUUUUUGUUGAUGAGGAAAUGCUAGAGCCAGAAGACAUAGUAGAGAGCCCUAUUUGCAUAAAGCGUGCUUCCGUCUAAUUACACUUACGAUUAGUACACGAUCAAAAAUCUCACACACUCGUGAUACAAAGCGUUGCCAAAACUUAGUACCCACUUAGAUAAAUCAACCACCCAAAAUACUUGAUGGUUGUUACACAUACACAAAGCUCAUACUUGUCAUUUUACCCUCGUAAUAUAAGCGGUGAUAUAUAUUGUUUAUGAUUAUUUUAAAUAUGAGAAUUUAUAUAUAAAUUGUAGCUCACAUAAUACCAGAGCUCGUCUUCUCCCAAACUCCCAGAUUCUUUACUUUAUUAAUGCAUAACUGCGCCUAAUAUUUUACUCUAAAAUAUACUUAUGUGUGUAGUAAAAACGGAAUAAAAUUCGA